GGCCUCCCCUCUGACGUCCGAUGCUUACCAUAACCGCCUAGGUGGUCACAUACCAUAUAGAAACAGAGCAGUAUGACAUUACCAUAUAUGCAUAUACGUGUAAUUUAAUUUUUUAAAGUAAUGACUUAUAAACAGGCUGUUCGUUUGUUUGUUUCCGUCCGUGACAUUAGAGGUCGAAACACGCCUGCUCUACGAGGGCCUAUCGUAGAACCAGGGGGAGAAGACGCACCCAACUCCUACUGCCCAGAACUAGAAGGGUCAGGGCCCGAACUCACAUUGGCUUUCGAGGCCGCAGCUCUGUCACUUCUUCUGUGUUCUGAGCAACGCAAUUUAGCUGCCCUAGUUCUUCCAUUGCUGAUCUUUUCUUCAGGAUAAAACAUGAGAACAUCAGACACAACCAGAGCAGAACUUGCUCUUGUAGUUUUAUAUUUGAAUAAAGCCGAAGCGAGGGACAAGAUAUGCAGGGCAAUACAAUAUGGUUCAAAGUUCUUGAGUAGUGGGGAGCCUGGUACUGCACAAAAUGUUGACAAAUCAACCAGCUUGGCACGUAAAGUUUUCCGUCUCUUUAAGUUUGUCAAUGAUCUACAUGCUCUUAUCAGUCCAACCCCUGAAGGAACUCCCCUUCCAAUUGUUUUGUUGGGAAAGUCAAAAAAUGCAUUAUUGUCUACCUUCUUGUUUCUUGAUCAAAUUGUCUGGCUUGGUAGAACUGGCAUUUAUAAGAACAAAGAGCGUGCAGAGCUGAUUGGCAGGAUUUCUCUCUUCUGUUGGAUGGGUUCCUCAAUUUGCAACACUUUGGUUGAAGUUGGGGAGCUUGGUAGGCUUUCUGCAUCAGUGAAGAAAUUGGAAAGGGAUCUGAAGAACAGUGAUAAAUAUAAUAAUGAGCAAUAUCGUGCUAAACUUAAAAAAUCGAACGAGAGGUCACUAAAUUUAGUUAAGGCAGUUAUGGAUAUAGUAGUAGCUGUAGGGCUGCUACAAUUGACGCCCAAGAAGGUGACUCCCCGGGUAACUGGAGCUUUUGGACUUGCUAGUUCUCUCAUUUCGUGUUAUCAGUUACUUCCUCCGCAGCAGAAAUCAAAGACGCCCUGAGAAGCAGAUCAAGCUGUUCUCUGCGUGUUUCAACGAGGCGUCUAAAUAAUCGUCCAGACUUGUCAACUUCACUUCUAUUGGUGUGUAUGAUUCCCAGCGAGUUUUAGCUGGUUGAGUGAAAUUGAAAUUUCACCUCAUUUAGCCCCUUUAUAUUAUUAUUAUUAUUAUUACAGGAACAAUAAUAAUAAUUAUAAUAUGUAUUGUGUCC